AUGACAAAACCAUCGUGGAUAUGCGUGAUGUUAUUCACAACACUUAUAUCAGCCCAGCAAUGCUACUAUCCAGACGGCACGGCCAUCACCGACCCAGAUUUGAACGUCUCGUGUGGCCGAGCCAACGAAGCAAGUGCGUGUUGCGGUGCCCGCGACGAAUGCUACACCAAUGGACUGUGUAAGGGGAAUGGCGACGGCUGGCUGAACUGGUUUUGGCGAUAUGGAUGUACUGAUAGAGACUGGAACGCUAAGACAUGUGGGCAUUUUUGCACCCAGUUUGAUCGAUCCGGACGGUCGCUUGUCUUGCAGUGCUCUCAGACCGAGUUCUGUUGCGCGUAUCCUGAUACGGUGUUUUUGAACGUGGAAUCGAAUUACACCUGCUGUCAUGACGAGGAGCGAGUUUUCGAUGCAGGGAAGCCGGUUCAUUUGUCUGGCCCAAGUGUAUAUGUCGAUGGCGUGUAUUCGGAGUUUGAGAAAAGUGAUGGCGCCACAACGACGGCUCCAACAUCUCGAGUGUUUAGCACAUUUACCUCGACGAUUGCUUCCGCCACUCUUACACCAGUCACGCUGAUAAGCUCGUCCCCAACACUGUUUAGCAGUAUGCCUGUACCGUCCGCUUCGCCAUCAACAUCGUCUUCUCCGAACCGUCUCGCCAUAGGAAUUGGAGCUGGUCUAGGCAUUCCCCUCGGUAUCACGUUGACUGCAGGCCUUGCCUUUCUAAUCUGGCGUUACAAGAAUCGUACCAAACCCCAAGGUCCACCUUGUCCGCCGAUGUAUCAAGAAUGGCUACAUCAGCAUGGUUACAAGCAAACAGAUCCCCACGGUCCAUACUUUGCCCCCACUGAACCGCAGGAGAUACAUGGCGCGCAGUUCUAUGAGUUGCCUCUGAGCGGAGCUGAAGCAAUGACGAUGCAACAAGGUCCGCAGGAAUUAGCUGAUGUGUCUCGCACGAAGACGUAG